UUCGGGUUGGAUGUUCAUCUGAGAGAAUCGAAAGAAUCCCAUUCCCAUGUUUGUUCGUGGGUCUGCGUGAGUGCUCUGUUGGGAUCAACAAACCUUACCAUCGGUCAUCUUCUUCCCAUAACUUGAGGUGCAUAAUGUCGGUGGAUCCUCUCCAAUUGGACAUUAUACGAAGGAUCUCAGAAAAAGGAGCAAUGCAUGGUGAAAACAACCCACCUUCUAGGGCGUGGACAUAUUCUAGUAUGUCUGGAAAUUUGGAGGGUGAAUAUGAAUCUACUGAUAGUGGAGACGUUGGAGGGCAAGCCAUGGUUAGUAAUGUUGUAGAUGAUUCAGUAUUGUCAAUUGGAGCAUCCAUUGAUAAAGAUAUAUCAAGUAUGGACAUUGUUUUAUAUGAUCAAUCCAAUCACGUUUCAGAGUUGAUCUGGAAGGGUGAGAAGAGGCGUGUGCUACGGAGUAAUGAGCAUAGUCGAAAGUCCACUGAGUGGAAGUUGAGUAAAGAGCAAAAGUGGUUACUUGAGAUUGCUGGAUUCAAGUACUUACGCCUUAUAGGGCAUUUCCAAAUGGAUCGGUGUCUAUUGACAACAUUGGUGGAUAGGUGGCGAAAUGAGACUAAUACAUUUCACAUGCCACGAUUUGAGAUGACUAUAACUUUGGAAGAUAUGGCAUAUAUUUUGGGUCUUAGAGUAAUUGGGAAGACUGUUACUGGGAAAAUUUACGAGGAAGGAUAUACUAGGCAUGGCACUUGGACAACAUCCCUUAGAUCCUACCAACACAAAGGCUCUACAGAGUGGUUGUGUGAAGCUAACAUGGUUGAGGAACCAAUUUUCCCAGCUGCAAAGCAAUGCUUUUGAAAUAGAUGUUAUUCGUGCUACCCGGGCAUAUUUGUUGCAUCGUCUUGGAACUACCAUAUUUGCUAACACAUCCGGAAAUAUGGUUAGCGUUUCAUAUCUACCAUUUCUUGCUGAUUUUGUUGAAUGUACAGAAUAUGCAUGGGGCGCUGCUACUUUAGCUUUCUUGUAUAGGGCAUUGAUGCGUGCCUCAAGGAAGAACACUACUAAUAUUGGAGGUUCAAUGACCCUAUUUACAGUAUGGGCUUAUGAGCGCCUAGGGGUUGGUAGACCAGAUGUUGUUUGCCUAUGUAGGCCUUUCCCCCGAGCUGUUAGAUGGAAAUGCUGACGCAGAACUGACAACAUUCAUAAUUGCUAUAGACCGUAUCGGCAAGAGCUUGAUCAACUUAAGGAAUGCGAGGUCAAUUGGCAACCAUAUGCAACAUUUGCGAGUGCUCCUCUUGUUGGUCUUAUAGGAUCAUAUAUAGGUCUGGCUCGCACAUGGCUGAUUCAUUUCAAUGUGGUUGAGAUGCAUCUCCCAGAUCGAUGUUUGCGUCAAUUUGGACUAGAACAAAAUGUGCCUCAAAGUGUCGCUAGAUGGCAGCAUCACACGGUGGCUAGGCUAGGCAUAGAUUAUGGGGAUUUGUUUCAGCGAGAGGUGAGUGAGUGGACAUACUUCAAUGACUCCUUCGAAAUAGUUAAUGCUCCUCCAGAGUCGAACCCAGGAAUUACACAAUCAAAUUACCUUCAGUGGUAUCUAAGGGUCAGCCAUGUUAGGAUUCAUCCUCCUCAUGAAGUUGACGACCAAUGCCCCAAUGAGUAUAGGUUGAAAGGUUAUGGAGAUAGAGAAGCAUUGGACUUGGUAGGUUGACAAUUUUGAAUGAAUUAAAGAGUUGUUCAUUGCCUUUAACGAAUUGUCUUAGAACACUGAAUUGUUCAAUAUUUCAUAUUUGUCUAUUAAUAAUUUUUUCAUCA